AUGAAUAAAAAUGAUCCAAAUCGAAAACCUUUUGGCUUUCCAUAUGAUCCAUAUCCAAUCCAAAGUCAAUUAAUGAAUGCAAUUUAUAAUUCGGCUGAACAGGGAAGUAUUGCUAUUUUUGAAUCUCCUACUGGAACUGGAAAAUCUUUGUCUACAAUAUGCGCGUCCCUAACAUGGCUCGAGGAAAACGAAAAAAGGCAUCUAGAAGAUGUUGAGAAGCGAAUACGAGAAUUAUGUUUGAAUUUGCAAGAAGACGGUUAUGACACAGAUUGGAUAAAUGUACACAAACAAAAGAUGGAUAUUGAACAAGAAUUGGAUGAACUUCGGGAAGAAAAAGCAAAACAACAAAGAAUACAACAAAGAUUGGCACAAAUACGUCAAGAUCAGAAAGAAUUUAGAGAAUCUGGAAUUAAAAAGAAUAGAAAAAUACGUAGAGGGAAGAGAUCUCGUUCAGUAGAAAAUGAUUUAGAGAAUGCUCCUCCUCCUGCCUCUUCUGAUAUUAUUACUUUAGAGGAUGAUAGUGACAACAAAAAUGAUUUUAAUAAAAGAAGAGAUAGAGAUUUACUUCUCAGUGAUAGCGAAGAAGAAGGCGAUGAAAAGAAAGCUUUCAAUAAUUCAAUUAAUGGUGACCCUCCAGAAAGUGAACCUGUCCUUCGGUGUAAUAAAUUAAUUUAUGCUAGUCGAACUCAUUCUCAAUUGGAACAAUUUGUUAAAGAAUUGCAGAAAACAAAUUUCAAGCCACGGGUAUUAACAUUGGGUUCGAGGCAGAUGCUUUGUGUUAAUGAAGAAGUUCGCGAACUUGGAGAAGGCAAAUUAAUUAAUGAUCGAUGUAAUGAACUUCUUAGCAGUUCAGGCAAGAAUACUGAAGACGGGAAGCGUCCAAAAUUGGAAUGUGAAGUCCCAAAAAGUGGUUGUGGUUGUUCUUAUGCAAAAGGUGAUGCUAUAGAAGAAUUAUCUGAUGCAAUAUUGGCUGUUGAUGAAGAUGAAAAAUUUGUUGGUCAAGCUAGAGGGAUUUCACAAUUAGUAAAGUUGGGGCGUCAAAGACAUGGAUGCCCAUAUUAUGCAAGCAAAACAGCUUUAGGAUUAAGCCAAUUAAUUUUAGUCCCUUACAAUAUUUUAUUGCAUAAAAGAACGAGACAGGCGUGGAAUCUUGAUUUGUCAGGAAAUGUUAUUAUUGUUGAUGAAGCACAUAAUUUAUUACAAACAUUGGCUAGCAUACAUACUGUAGAAUUAAGCAAUAAUCAAUUAGAUGUUUGUUGUCAAUGUUUAAGUGAUUAUAUGGAACAUUUUCAAGAUCGUUUAAGUUUUCGCAAUUUACGCAAUGUUAAACAACUUCACUGUCUAGCAUAUUCAAUGUAUCAAUUUCUUGGUUCUAUUUCUAAAGAAAAAGGGUCUUCUACAGAUGGAACUGUUAUUAAUAUGGCACAUUUUUUUGCUCAAUUAGGCGAUGCAAUAAAUAUAGACUUAUGCCGUUUACUUUCAUAUCUCGAAAAUUCACAAUUAUGCAGAAAAUUGAGAAAUUUUCGGCUAAGAUAUCGUCCACAAGUAACAAUAUACAACCCUAAUCUUGCUCCUGUAAAUAUUACACCUUUAUAUCAACUUCGUGAUUUUAUUGAAGCUUUAACUUCUCGGUCGGAAGACGCCCGUAUAGUUAUUGACCGAACAAAUAUUCGAGAUCCUCGUUUACGCUUUAUUUUACUCAACCCAGCAGAAAAAUUGAGAGAUAUAGUAAAUGAAUGUCGAUCGUUAAUUUUACUUGGAGGAACAAUGAGACCAGUUGAUCAAUUAAUGGAUGCAUUUAAAAGAGUUUGUAAAAUACCCCAACAACGAAUUAAAGUAUUUUCUUGUGGACAUGUAAUUGGGCCUAAACAACUUUUGGCUAUCUCUAUUGGUAAAGGACCAGAUGAUAAACCAUUAAGUUUAAAUUUUGCAAAUCGUGAUUCUGAAUCAGUUUUACGUUCAUUGGCCCAAUCUUUUAUUAAUUUAAUUAGACAAAUACCUAAUGGAGUUGUUGCUUUCUUUCCUAGUUAUGCUUUUCUCGGAACAUUUAUUCGAUCAAUUCGUUCUUCUGGACAUUUUGAACAAUUAGAGAGAAGAAAGGAAAUAUUUAUUGAAACACGUGCAGGAAAAGAAGAAACAUCCAUUUGGCCAACAUUUUGUAGAGCUGCUGUUACUCAACGUGGGGCUCUUUUAAUGGCUGUUGUUGGGGGGAAAUUGAGUGAAGGAAUUAAUUUUUCUGAUGAAUUGGGACGGUGUGUUUUGAUGGUUGGUGUUCCUUAUCCAAAUAGACAAUCAGCUGAAUUACAAGAGAGAAUGAAAGUAAUUUUUAAUAUGUAUUUUAAAUCUGGGGGUUUUAAGAAAAGAACCAUUGAAACUUGA